AUGACUGAUGAAUGUACCACGAAUAGAUACCGUAUCUCGUAUGCUAGAGUUCUUGUUGAAAUUGAUAUUACACAAGAUCUCCUUUCUGAAAUCACUAUAACAUAUGAGAGAGGAGAGAAGAUGCAACAAAGAGUAGAAUAUGAAUGGAGACCUCCAUACUGUACAAAAUGCCAGCGGAUUGGACACAAAUGUGAGGAGAUGCAUCUGAAGAACCCAACCAAGCAGUGGAUCCCAAAAGAGAAAAAGCACCAAGAUGAUAUUGUGGCUGUAAAGGAAGUGGAGACAUUGAAGACACCAACACAGAAAGUUACAAGACAGGAACAUACUAUAUCUGGAUCAAUUGUGCGAAUGACGAAUAGCAAACAAACAGAUACAGAUGAAGGUAUGGCGUGGACAGAGGUGAGGAGGAAAGACAAAGUAAAGGCCAAUGGUUUUGAUACUGGUUCAAGUCCAAAAAACAAGAAGCCAAUGAAAAAUGACAGGAACCUUUAUGCAACCCUCGGUGAUGAUCCAGCCUCGGUGUUCCUAGACGAUGUCCCAUGA